CUAGAAAGUUCUGUUUCCUCCGAAGGAAAUCGAAGAUAGGACGAGCAAUAGUAGUAGCUUCGAAUUCGUCCAAAUAGCGAUGAGGAGAGUUCACGGGCUCGCCACCUAUGGCCGCGGCAUUGCCGCCGGAUCCUGCACAUCCCCCGCCACCAUCGCCGCCGCCAUGCCGAACCUUCUGGUCCGAUCCGCGAUGCUUAGCACUACUUCCUCUGGCUCAGGUCCCCAGUUCCUCUCUCGGAGAUUGUCUGAUUAUUUCGGUCUCUCGGGGACUUCCGUCGCCGCUGGAGUCGUCGGGACGAUGUUCUUCUCCGUUGCGGCUUCGUCUAUGGCGCAGGAAGUUCACGCUAAGGAGUUGCCUAAGUUUUUACCCAAGGAAGUUGUUCUGUAUCAGUACGAGGCUUGCCCUUUCUGCAACAAGGUUAAAGGUAAUCAAUCGAUAAUGAUACUUUACUGGUUGAAUAUUUUUGCUGUCAAGUGGGUUUCUGAAGUUGAAGUCUAGACUUAAGAGUUUCACUGUUCAAUUGUUGAAUCGAAUCUCUAACUAUGAUCAGUGAAGGAGUUGAUCUCGUAAUGGAUGGUUUCCAUUGGUUUUGAGUAGAUACUUAGCUAUGCACCUUCUGGGUCGGAUUGGCGGCGGCGAUUUGGGUCGGAUUGGCGGCGGCGGAGAAGGGGAUACGAGGGGGUGGGGUAUCGGGGGAAGAAGGGAGAAUGGAAAGAGAUGGGGUGUGUGGUCUCCACCUUUCCCUUUAGUUUUUUUUUUUUUUAACUUACUGAAUUAGAAAUGGAUAUAAAAGGGGAAAUAAAAAUAAAUGACGUGG